AUGGCCGAAGAACCACCGAGAGAGCUCGUCGCGGCGGAGUACUGGAACCCUCGGGUUGUACGGUCUACGAUCGGCGGCGCCGUUCGUGAAUGGAUCCUUGCUUGGAGAGGCCCGUUCGCCGUACGGGCGCUCCACCGUCGAUUCUCGUGCGGCGCGUCGGCCUCAUGCGCCCGCACGGCUCUUCUCUCAUCGGCAGCAGCGGCAGUCUUUUCUCCUUUCCUUCGGCGGGACAAGGUAGCGGAAGCGGCAGUGGACAAGGGAGCAGCGGUGGACAAGGGAGCGGCGGUGGACAAGGGAGCGGCGGCGGAACAGGGACGCGCGGACCAUGUCGACGUCGCCGUGAAGAAACUAGGGCAAACAACGUCGUCCCUGUCGCCGUGGACCCUCCGCCGAACUUCGGAGGGGGUUUACGCGUCGACAUGCACUCCGACUUCUUCAACACUAGAGGUACUUGAUCACUAUUUAUGUACAAGACCACAAGCAGAAAAUAUUGAAGCUUAUUCUGGCCGGGACAGAGGGUUCAACUUGAAUGAACCAGCUAGUGAUAGUACUGCAUUGCCUCAAGGGUACCGUGGAGUUGGGUACAACCCUAACUUCGAGAACGCAGAUGAGUACCCUCCAAGCCAAACACCGGUUCAAGCAAACCCUCGCAAGAUCAUAGAUUUGAAUGAUCUAGCAAAUAAGCGUACAAGAAAGUUUUACAGCACGGAAGAAAAACGGCAGAUUUACCAAUGGAUCCAGCAACGUAAUGGAACCUCCUGUAAGAUGAAACGUGGCGUCACGGCUGAAGUUGCAAUGUUGGCUAAGUGUCCACGAAGGGUAGUCACAAGAAUUUGGAGGCAGGGAAUAAAUGGAGGUGGCAUAAAUAGUGUGAAGUGUGGAAAGAUCGGGAAAGUUGGUAGAAAGAAGAACAUACUGGACAUAGAAGCAAUGGAAGCUAUCCCAACAACCGAACGCACCACUAUACGUCAACUUGCAGAAGCUAUGAACAUGCCAAAAUCUACUGUUUUCCAAAGGUUGAAAGAGAAGGAAAUAAGAAGAGUCACAAGCGAUGUGAAGCCCAUGUUGGGAGACGAAAACGAGAAGCAACGUUUGGUCUAUGCUCUCCAUCAAGUUGAGCCUUCUACUCUGUUUGGUGAUGAUCCCACAAUGAAGGGUGGAUUCAAUGUUGCCCAUUAUGAUGAGAAGUGGUUCUACAGAAUUAGGAGGAAUGAAAAUGUAUAUUUGAGCAAAAGGGAGGAAGCCCCAAAAAGAUCAACAAAGAACAAGAAUUAUAUCGAGAAAAUAAUGUUUGUUUCCGUAAUGGCUAGACCAAGAUAUGAUGCACAAGGUAAUUGCACUUUUGAUGGGAAGAUAGGCGUUUGGGCUUAUGUUGAAUGGGUGCAAGCACAAAAGAGAAGUGCUAAUAGGAAGAGGGGAGAUUGGGAGCUCAAACCAUGCACCGAAGUUGACAAGGCCAAAAGUAGAGAGUACCUUGUUAAAUUCAUUCUUCCUGCGAUCAAGGCAAAGUGGCCGGCUAGUGACAGGCACAAACCAAUCUACAUUCAGCAAGACAACGCUAGAACUCAUAUUCAGCCCGAUGAUCCAAUAUUUCUUACUGAGGCUGCACGUGGAGGUUGGGACAUUCGGAUGGUCUAUCAACCUCCUAACUCACCCGACUGCAAUAUUUUGGAUCUUGGUUGGUUUGCUUCUAUUCAAUCAUUGUUUCGAAAGAAAAUGCCAAAAACUCUUGCAGAAAUAGUUUCAAAGGUUAAUCAAUCCUUAGCGGAAUAUCCACAUCAAAAACUCAAUAGGAUUUUCUUGAGCCACCAAGCAUGCAUGAGGGAAAUUAUAAAGAAGAAGGGAUCAAUUCAUUAUGAUGUACCUCACUUGAAGAAGAAAGCACUUGAGAGGCAAGGAAAGUUACCAAUCCGUUUGAAAGUAGAGAAGCAGCUCGUAGAAGAUGCAUUUGUGUGGCUUAACGCAAACUUUCCUAUUACUCCUACUUUUUAAAGUUUGUAAUGCUAUGGACAGUACUCAUCUGUUUGAGAUCAUGCGUUUCAAUUCAUCUGUUUUAAAUUUUGUAAUGCUAUGGACAGUACUCAUCUGUUUGAGAUCAUAUGUUUCAAUUCAUCUGUUUUAAAUU